UGCCGUUGCUGGAACAAUAUGAAAACAUUAUUGCGGACAUGUUCCAUAGUGGACAAAGUCAGCGAUAUAUCGCACUUUUCUAGCUAUUGGCGAGGAUGCUCAAGUAGAAGCGUCAGAAGAUGUUUUGCAGAGCACAACCUGAAGCUACUUAACCGCUUAAACGCCAAGCAUACAUAACUGCUGGUAACCAUGAGUUACCAGUUCCAUUCGAAGGCAGCAACACAUCGGACGUUCUAAAAAUGGCCACGGGGAGAGCGUCACUAAAUUUCCCACAACUCUUCUUCUUCUGUCUGCAUUACCUGCCAGAAUGUGUUGGUCUGUGUAAAGGUCUGCACAGGUUCGCACCAUCAUGUGUGCUGAGGCUGAAGCAUGCAAGUACGAAUGAGGCUGCCCCCUGCUCCACAUUGUCCCCAUUUCCAUCACCAGCUUCCUGCGUUCUGCAUCCUUCUGCAGGGGACUCAUCAGUGCAGCUGGGGCUGUGACAGCAGCUUCAGCAUCAUUGCCUCAGCCGUCUCUGCAGCAUCCUCGAAAGCAUCCAUUUCUCACCAGCAUACCAGCACCUCUGAGUUGCACACACCCUCCCUCUUUCUCAGAUCUCUCUCCUCCAGCAUCCUUGUGUCGUACAAGACAGCAGCCAGGCAGUCACAUCCUGGGCUAGUUUACCCUGCUGCAUCUCCCUCUUCCCUUUUGCUCGGCUGUGCUUGCCACCGCAACAGUCCCCCUCUCCCGUCCUCUUCACCAUCAUCCACUCUCCGAAGCACCGUUGAGCAAAAAGCAGGCAAGCUGUCUCAUUUUCCUGCAAAAGUGUCUGUUGGCUGGGCAGCUGGUCUUCCACUGUCCCUUUGGAGGAUGAUCCUGUGGAUGAAGACGGAGGAGAUGGCCGUGGGGGAGCUGCUGGAGAGACUAAGGACAGUCACUCGAGGCAUAGAUGAGAUCAUGCAGCUGGAAAGCAGUCCCAUCCGUGCUGCUGACAUCACCGCUGACCUUAAGAAGCAGUUUGCCUUCCUCUCAGGAGGCAGAGGAGAUAAUGGCAGCCCCGUCAUUGUGUUCCCAGAAUUCCCUUCGUUUGGAGAGAUCACGAACGGAGAGUUUCACAACGUGCUGACCUACCUGACAAGUGUGCCCAGUUUGUCUUCGACGGGCGUGGGUUUCAUCCUGGUCAUCGAUCGCCGGCAAGACCGAUGGGCGGCCGUCAAGGGGACCCUGCUUCGUAUCGCAGGCUCCUUCCCAGGGAACCUCCAGCUGGUUCUGGUUCUGAGGCCCACCACCCUCCUGCAGCGUACACUCUCUGACAUCCUCUUCAAGUUCAACAAGGAUGAGUUCAAGAUGAAGGUGCCGGUGAUAAUGCUGAGCUCAAUAACUGAGCUGCACUCCUACAUCGACCGCUCCCAGCUGACCCUGGAACUCGGAGGAACGCAGGAGUACUGCCAUGAGAAGUGGAUCUCUCACCGCACCGCUAUCGAAGGCUUUGCAUUGAUGGUGAAGAAAACAGCACAGAUCCUGCAGUCGUUUGGGACUGAGCUGGCUGAAACUGAACUCCCCAAUGAAAUCCAGGCCACAACCCUCCUGCUGAGCACACACACCAUCAAGAAAGACAAAAUGAAGGAGGAUCUGCUGGUGGCUCUGGGUCAGGGCAGCAGGCUGCUGGAGAGCAUCAAUGAGCCUGUGGUGCGAGACCCCGACCACAACAUGAACCAGGAUGAACUGGAGAACCUGGCUACAGUGCAAAGACUGUUGUCUCAGCUGGACGAGACAGAAAGGGCUUUCGACGAGUUCUGGGUGAGGCAUCAAACCAAACUGGAGCAGUGUCUCCAACUGCGGCACUUUGAGCACAACUACAGAGAGGUGAGGGCUCUGCUGGAUCAGGUGUCUGAGAAACUUGCAACCUUCUCUGAGGUGGGGAUCAGCCCGGCCCACGCCGACCAUAUCUUCUGUGAACUCACCAGCUAUGAGGAGAGAGUCUGUGAGGUGCUGGACAGAGCCUCGUCGUUGGCCUGUGAGGGCGAUGAGCUGAUCCAGAACUCGCACUAUGCCGAGGACUCAAUUCAGCCCAAAUGCAGCGAGCUCAGAGCAAUCAAUGAGAAUGUGAGCAGCAACCUGCGGGCCAAGAAGGACCACCUCCUCAGAGCCAUGGAGCUGCACCGCAGUUUGGAGAGAGCUUCUAAGUGGGUUGAUGAGGGUAUAUACAUGCUGGCGUCUCAGCCAGUAGACAAGUGUCAAUCACAUGAGGGGGCGGAGUUAGCCCUGAAGGAGCUGGAGCGUUACCUGGACAACGCAGGCCAGAACCAGCUGACGGACCUCGGUACCAUCUGGACAGAAUUUGACGGGGUGCUCAACCAGCCUUUUAGAGACCAAGUGGAGAAGGUUUUCCAGAAGCAGAUGUCCAUGCAGGAGAUGUUUGACAAGAGGAGGGUCAGCCUGAAGAAGCUCGCAGCCAAACAGACCAGGCCGGUGCAGCCGGUGGCCCCCAGACCCGAAGCCUUCAUCAAAUCCCCGCUCAGCUCGCCCGCACACAGAGCCCAGCAGGAGAAACAGUGCUCAGAGACCGACUCUGGGACCAACUGUGAGAAAGAAAACGGCCAACUGCAGAACGGAGACAGCGACGGCAGACAUGCCUCUCUGUCAGAGGAGGAGGAGAACCUGGCGGUGCUCAGGAGGCACGUGAUGAACGAGCUGCUGGAAACCGAGAGAGCCUACGUGGAGGAGCUGCUCUGUGUGUUACAGGGAUAUGCCUCUGAGAUGGAUAAUGCCGCCAUGGCUCACCUCAUGCCCGCUCCUCUGCAGAACAAAAAGGACGUUCUGUUUGGCAACAUGACAGAAAUCUACCACUUCCACAAGAGGACGUUCCUGAGGGAGCUGGAGCAGUACACCGACUGCCCAGAGUUGGUUGGAAGGUGUUUUAUCGAGAGGAUGACAGACCUGCAGAUCUAUGAGAAGUACUGUCACAACAAGCCUCGCUCUGAAAGCCUUUGGAGGCAGUGCUCAGACUGCGCCUUCUUCCAGGAGUGUCAGAAGAAGCUGGAGCAUAAACUGGGAUUAGAUUCAUACCUCCUGAAGCCUGUUCAAAGGAUUACCAAAUAUCAGCUGCUACUGAAGGAAAUGCUGAAGUACAGCAAGAGCUGUGAAGGUGCUGAUGACCUGCAGGAGGCGCUCACCUCCAUCCUCGGCAUCCUCAAGGCAGUCAAUGACUCCAUGCACCUCAUCGCCAUUACAGGAUAUGAGGGUAAUAUGACUGAGCUGGGCAAGCUGCUGAUGCAGGGGUCAUUCAGCGUGUGGACGGAGCACAAGAAAGGUCACGCCAAGGUUAAGGAUCUGGCCCGAUUCAAGCCGAUGCAGAGGCACCUCUUCCUCCACCAGAAGGCGCUGCUCUUCUGCAAGAGGAGGGAGGAGAACGGGGAAGGCUAUGAGAAAGCUCCCUCGUACAGCUUCAAACAAUCUCUUAAUAUGAGUGUUGUCGGCAUUACUGAGAAUGCAAAGGGAGACAAUAAGAAGUUUGAAAUCUGGUGCAACUCUCGAGAAGAGGUCUAUAUUGUUCAGGCGCCGACCGCUGAGGUAAAAAACACCUGGUUAAAUGAGAUCAGGAAGGUUCUCACAACCCAGCUGGAAGCGUGCAGAGCCAGCCAGCAGAGGGCACCAGAUCAGGUUUUCCAGUUUCCUCCGGCGCCCAGUGGAACAGCAAGUCUCAGUCCAUUCAAGUCCGGUCAGAAGAGCUUUAAGAGAGGAGAGGAGAAGAAAGCUGAGCCCUGCUGCCCUGAGGCCAACUGCUCUUCUUCACCAAAGCCAACAGGAAAAGAUGAGGCUGUGACAAGCCCCACCUCAGACAGAGCUGCUGUGGCUAAAAAGCGCUUUACUUUACAGGGCUUCAGUAACCUCAAAGCUCAGAAAGGUUCUCCCACGAGCCCCGAUCACAAGACGAAGCGCCAGAGCGACCCCACACCGUUCGGCUUCAAAGAUGCAGGUCCUCCCCCCCUCCACAUGAGCAGGGCCAGGUGGUUCAGCACCUCUAGUCUCUUACAGACAAAGUGGAGAGGCUGGAACAAGGCCUCCCUGUCGCUGGAUGCCUCAGAGGAGCACGACGGCUAUUCGAGUGCUGAAGACGCUCUUAACUCUGACCCAGAGGAAGACAACGGCAAGAAGCUGAGCGCCGGCAAAUACACAGUGAUGGCUGACUUUGAGAAUGACGGCGCUGAAGAGCUCUCAGUGAAGAGCGGAGAGAUGGUGCAGCUGGUGAAGGAGGGCGACGACGGACAGUGGUUGGUGCGUAACCUGAGCAGCUCUAAAGAGGCCUGGAUCACAGCCGCUAAUCUCAUCACGCUCAUUGGAAAGUCCAAGUCUUGCCACUCACUUACCAGCUCAGAAGGCAGCGGCUCUGGAAACCUCAGCACAUCGUCCAGCUGCAGCGAAACCUACACGAGCUUCUCCGACAUCAAACCCUGAACUCCUCGGCACCUCCUCCGUCACCAAACUGCCCUCGCGAGUGCUUGCAUCUGUGCUGUGUUGCCAACAUUGGUACUCCUUAAGAAUUUUGUCAUUUCUCCACAGAAAGCUGGAUUUUUUUAUUCUUUUUUUUAUCAUGCACAUACACCAAUUAUUCAGAUAAUAUGUUCUACAUGUGCGGGGAAGAUACUGAACAGAUGACCGAACGUGAAGUGGUCUUGGAGAGGAUCCCUGGGCUUGUGAUGUAAGAGAUGUAUGAAUGGAGCAGCGGGACUGAUCUCAGUUAAUGCAUCUUUGUGUUCACAUUAAAAGAGGAAAAGAAGAGUGAUUAUUAUUUUUAUUAUUAUAAUUCCACUGUUCACUGUCACUGUAAAUAGAAGUGAGGGUCUUAACACCCUGUUCCUCUGCUGUUCCCUUUCACAUGGGUGUAUUUAUUUUUAAGAAACAAAAAAAGCCCUAAUAUAUUUAGUCACUUUUUAAUUGUCUUCUUUUCCUUCUGUCGUCAUUAGAAACAUGUUCUGCCAUCAGCUGCCCAGACUUUGUGUUUGAGCUCUUUUAGUUUUUUUCCCGGGGUCUCUGACGGCCUCAUGGUCUAACUCUGUGAGUUUUCAUGUACGCUACAGUUUAAAAACAAAAACAGCUUCUCCAUGUGAAUAAUCAGAGGUCACUGUAUGACGCUAACUUAUUCCCUGUGGAGGGAUCGUGUUCUGAAUGUAGAUAUUGUUCAUUAAUAUCCGUCUGUCAUGAAAUGUUUGUUAUUUGAGAUGCUAUAUUGUACAUGAAGUAUGGUGAAGUCACUACUGUGUGACUUGUCUAAUUUGUUUUUUACAUAAACGACUUGUUAUAAUUCAGU